AAUCAUUUCUCUAAAUAUUUUCAACUACUUUGUAGUACCCCCCACCCCCUCCCCACCUCGAUUCCUUUUUUUCCAUUUCUCUGCCGCACUAAUCGUCUCUUUUCAGGGUCAAAUAAUCACAGAAGACAAGGGUUUCAAUUCCACUCACUUGGAUCGGCGAUGGCUUCCUCUUCAGAUCGCGAGACCGCCGUCUACAUCGCUAAGCUCGCCGAGCAAGCCGAGCGCUACGACGAGAUGGUGGAUGCUAUGAAAAAGGUGGCCAAGAUGGAUGUGGAAUUGACAGUAGAGGAGAGGAACUUGCUAUCAGUUGGGUACAAGAAUGUGAUUGGCUCUCGAAGGGCUUCAUGGAGAAUCCUGUCAUCAAUUGAACAGAAAGAGGAGUCCAGGGGGAAUGAGCAGAAUGCUAAGCGGAUCAAGGAGUACAGGCAGAAAGUGGAGGCGGAGCUCACUGAUAUAUGCAGCGACAUCAUGACUGUUAUUGAUGAACAUCUAAUUCCCUCAUGCACAGCUGGAGAAUCUACCGUGUUUUACUACAAGAUGAAAGGGGAUUAUUAUCGGUAUCUUGCUGAGUUCAAGACUGGUAAUGAUAGAAAAGAGGUUGCUGAUCAGUCACUGAAAGCAUAUGAGUUGGCUACCACCACUGCUGAGGCAGAGCUACCUCCAACACAUCCCAUCCGCUUGGGAUUGGCUUUGAAUUUUUCAGUGUUCUACUAUGAAAUUUUGAACUCCCCCGAAAGGGCAUGUCACCUUGCCAAGCAAGCUUUUGAUGAAGCUAUUUCUGAGCUUGAUACCUUGAAUGAGGAGUCAUACAAAGAUAGCACAUUGAUUAUGCAGCUUCUGAGGGACAAUCUCACACUUUGGACCUCUGACAUUCCUGAGGAUGCUGAUGAUGCUCAAAAACUGGAUGGUGCCAACAAAGCUGGAGGCGAUGGUGCUGAGUGAUGUGCUUCGGGAAGCAUCUGGCCAGCAAUAUCCGAAGAGAGAAUGAUAAUUUGGGCCAGGGGAUGGUUGUUUUGGUUACAGCAUAUGCUUGACUUGUCGUCGUCAUUGUGUCUUAUGGAUGAUGUUUUACUCCUUAUGGUCGGUGUUGUCCUGUUGUUUAUAUUAGAUAUGUUUGUGCUUUCCCCUUGCCUGGUGGAUUUGUUGUGGCCAAUAGGUGGUUUGAUUUUUAGUGACUACCUUAGCCUAGAUGAAAGAUUUGUGUUUCUUUCUUUUGCAUUGAUCUAUUCUCGACUAUUGCUGGACUUGACCUGUGUGGAUUAGAUUUGUCUGGUGUCAAAUGCUUGAGUUUUCAUCUUUAA